CGGUCAUCAAUCAUGCGCGAUCGAGCUGUCUGUGCUCUGGAGUCAGAUCUGUGAUUGGCUGCUGGCGGGCAGAGAAACUGAACACGUCCUCGUUAAUGUGAGCGAGACCCCGCGGGCUCCUCAAGAAGACACAAGCGCAUCGUCUGACUCUGAAGUUACACAGCGGCUAUAGAAAGUGUUCCGCUCUGUGAACAACAACUUUUGCGUGAUUCGCGACAAUUCGCGUUUGUUAUCUGGACCUUUAAAUCUGACGCUGUGACGUCAGCGUCCCCGGCGUUUAAAACAACGUGCAACUGAGCCAACGUUUGUUAUGAUUUUUAUCAACUUCAACUACAACGCUGCACCACGCUGAAUCUGUGUCAUACUGCACUUUUUUGCCAUUUGUAUUGUUGGUUGUAUAAGAGAGGAACAGAAACAAGAACGGGACGUUUAUCUCCAGUUAAUGGCAGAUUUUGGUGAUGAGCUGAUGACCCGCAGCGGGACUGCAGCCUCCUCUGGGCUGGACUCUCAUCAUGUCAUUUACUCCGUUUGGCUAUUCAUAUCCUGCAGCACCACAGCUUUUAAUGUCUUCUAACACUCUGAGCGCUUGCUAUGAGUCUAGUGGUUCACUGCUGGACUCUGGAGUGGCAGCUUCUCCUCAAAACUCGCUUUAUUGCCCUGUAUAUGAAAGUAGGCUUGUGGCCUCCAGCCAUCAUGACCUGAUCCCUCCUGCUGUCUAUGGCAACUCCUGUUCAAAGAGUCACGGUUAUGAUACCUGCAGCACUUAUGGUCCAGAUUCAACCUCAUAUUAUCCACUGGGUAAACUCCGUGAGAAAGAUGGAGUGGCAACAGGACAUUCAAGAGUCACCCAAAGCUCUGCAUACUACCCUUACGACUACCCAAUUGGACAGUACCAGUAUGACAGAUAUGGAUAUGGAUCUGUAGAUGUGGGCACAAGAAGAAAAAAUGCUACCAGAGAGACCACCAGCACACUGAAAGCAUGGCUGCAGGAACAUAAAAAGAACCCAUACCCCACCAAGGGUGAAAAGAUCAUGCUGGCCAUCAUCACUAAGAUGACCCUUACGCAGGUGUCCACCUGGUUCGCCAACGCACGGCGAAGACUCAAGAAGGAAAACAAGAUGACGUGGUCACCGCGCAACAAGACCUCAGAUGAGAAAGAGUGUGACGACGACCAAGAAGAUAUGGACGAAUCGCAGGGGGAGCCAAUAAAAACCGAACAAGAAUUCAGUGACAACCAUGGAAAGGAUGAUGCAGAUCAACUACACAGCGAUCUGGAAGACUUCGAUCUAGUGGAAUCAGAUGGCUCCGAGUGCGAAUCGAAACCAUCCUUUGUCAUGCACGUUCAUUCAGAGACCAGCGAAUGUCCAGAUAACCAUUUUAAAGAGACUUUUCACGAAUCUGUUACCGAGCUCCCGAGAGAUGUCCAUGAAUUUAGUGAAGACCGCUUAAGACUUACCACUGAAGACAACCAGACAGCAAAGUUCUACCUUCAACAAGGCCAAAAGACCAUUGAGACCAAGCCAAAAAUCUGGUCGCUUGCACAGACUGCUACGUCGUUAAAUCAAGCUGAUUACUCAUCAUGCAUGCAUAAAGGAACGUCGUGCUCUUCUUCAAACUGUGACUCAGACAUAACAAAGAGGAAACAAGAGUCUCCAGUGGCCACUCUUAGAAACUGGGUUGACGGUGUGUUUCACGAUCCUUUAUUCAGGAACACCAACUUAAACCAAACUUUUAGCAACUCCACAGAGUUAUGGACUGAAACCAUUUCCUCACAGAAUAACUAUCAUGAACACUCAGGGCCUAUUACUUCCUCUCAGCAUACUUCAUAACUAUGUCACUUUUUUUCCCCCCAUACUUUUUGGUUGCACCAAACUGAAUAGUUGAGCCAUCACAAAAGCCACACGCUAGGUUUGGAAUUUAAUCGUGCUAAUGUCUUAAUUAUUAGUUUCAUUCUGUAAGCUGUUGUUAGACCUCCUGAAAGUCUGAUGAACUUUAUAUUUAGGAUUUACCAACACAGCAACGUAGAUUGGCACCUUUUCUCUUAAGAAAAAAUCUGGUUCUGUCUGUGUAAAAGAAAGUAAUCACUGCUGUAUAGUAGCACCGUACACAGAUUUCCCCCAAUCGGAAGUCUCAGUUGCUGAUCUCACAUCCCAGAAAUAAAGAGUCAUUUUGUGGGGGAAAAAAAACACAGAUGUUCGCUGUCCGUGGUGCUGAAAUUCUCCCAAGAGCAUGUUGGUCACUAGGGUUGUUUUAUUCAGUUGCAUUUAUUGUUUGAAAUGACAUUUUUCCCAAUGGAAUCACACAACAUGAUUUUACAUACAUCAGUAACUUGAACCCUUCCACACAAUGUCUUUUAGACUGGUAGUUAUAAUCACUCAGUUA